UUCUUUCCUCUGCUCUCUCAUGUUGUCGACCAAGCCGGCAUCUCUCCAGCUCAAACCGCGCCCGCGAUGGGGUUGAAGACCAUUAUGCGGCUGCAAGAUCGCAUGGAGAGAAGGGCUAAAGACGGAAGGGGAUGGGGAGAAAUGGGUAUUGGCGAAUUACUUGAGGCGAUUGCUCGCUUUCGUUGUACUCUCGCUCCCCGAAUAAGUGCGCGCAGCAACUUUGGCGCUACGAAUAUCAAAAGCGAAUCAACUCUACCUCCCGCAAAACGAGCCUAUUGUCAUACUCCAACAACUUUUCUCCCUCGACCUCGCGCUCCAACACGUUCUGCGAUAACAUUCCUCCAUUUUAGCACUCACAGCUAUUCGCGACCGAGAAGGCCUCCUUCCCUUACUGUCAUCCAAAAUGACCCGGCUCUCUGCGCAAACAACACACCUGUGGCUUAG